AUGACGCCGGCGUUUGUCAAUUGCUACAGAACGGGCUCCAUUAGGCUCGAGGAUUUGAAAGACGACUUCACUUUCAGUUCAGAAAAAGCCGCUAAAACGUUGGAGAAGAAUUUCCGCCAAAAUCUCAUCAAGGCGCUAUUUCUUUCGUUUUACAGGACUUUGUUGUCCACGUAUGCGCUUCAGGGGCUUCGCUACGCCUUGGAGUUCUUGAAACCAUACAUCUUGCGGAAAAUCAUCCAGACCGUUGACAGUGGUCUGGAUCCCAAGCACGGAGUCCUUCUUUCCUUGGCUCUUUACGUUGAUUUCCUUCUUAUAACGCAUUUGGGAGCGCAAGAAGCAUUCAAGGGAUCACAGCUUGGAUAUGAGAUCUCCGCUGGCCUAGAGUCCCUCAUAUUCAAAAAAGCCCAAAGAUUGUCCCGCAAAUCCAGAGAGCAGUAUCCGUCCGGAAAGAUCAAUACCCUAAUAACGACGGAUAUCGGCAAAAUUACACUAAUCGUAAAGCGAUCCGGAGAAUUCGUGACGGCUCCAGCGCAGCUUCUUUUCUGCAUGUUUUCGUUGUGGAAGCUUGUUGGAAACGCAAUGCUUGGUGGGUUAGUUAUAAUCGGCGUUUUCAUACCCUUGAAUACGUUCAUUCUCAGCAUCGUCACAAAGUAUGUUAAGGCACUGAGAGCCCUGAAAGACCAGUUGAGUCAGGCUGUUAGUGACCUUUUCUCAUCCAUGAAGUUACUCAAGCUCUAUACCUGGGAGACGGUUCUUAUGGAGAAACUUCUUCAAGUAAAGGAGAAGAUUGAGAUUCCAAUUCAACGCUCCAAGAUGACGUGGAACAGGGUGGCGAAUUUUUUCUGGCUGUUACAGCCGUUUCUUGUUUCGUUUACAACACUUUCAUGGUACACCUAUUACUAUAAGAAGCCAUUGACCGCUGACGUUAUAUUUCCAGCAAUCACACUCCUUAAUGUGCUUCUGACGCCCGUCACAAAGAUCCCGCAGCUAAUGACACAUGUUCUGAACGCCAAGGUUUCACUAAAAAAGGUGAUGACUUUUUUGGAUAGUGAAGAACUCAAUAAUGAGAAGCGGACUGACAAAUCAGACAAUGCCAUCCACAUUCACGGCUCAUUUUUCUGGGAUGAAAAGCCCGCUUUGCAUGAUGUGAACUUCUCCGUUAAUAAAGGAGAGUUUGUGGCUUUGGUGGGAAGAGUAGGAUCGGGAAAAACCGCUUUUCUUUCGGCUAUACUAGGCGAACUAGAUGGAGAACCACCUAUUGUGAACGGAUCCGUCGCCUAUGUCAGUCAAAUUCCUUGGAUAUUGAAUGGAUCUCUUCGAGAGAAUAUACAAUUUGGGCUGAAAUACGAGGAAGAGACAUACAAAGCCGUGAUAUCUGCCUGUCAGCUCAAUACUGAUAUUGAGAAGUUUCCAGAUGGCGACCUCACUAUAGUGGGAGAAAAGGGCGUUACACUUUCAGGCGGUCAAAAGGCCAGGGUCUCCUUAGCCAGGGCGUUAUACUCUGGAGCAGAUAUCUACAUUUUAGACGACGUUCUUUCUGCUGUUGAUAAUCAUGUGGGUCAGAAGCUCAUACUGGAGGUGUUUUCGAAAAGCGGGAUGUUGAGUCUGAAAACCGUUAUACUAGCCACCAACAACCUUCCAGUUUUGAGCCAAACCAACCGCAUCUACCUCCUUGAAGACGGGCAUGUGGUUGAAAAUUCCAGCUACGAUGAGAUUUGGAACAUAUCAAAUUCGCCAAAGCUAAGAGAACAUGUGCAAGUCAAACAAGCGCAGGAAUUUGCAAGCACAACCACGAUACCCAUAGUGAAGCAAGAUCUCGAGUUUCACUACGAGCCUUUUGAGCAGCAUUUCUUAACCUACAAAGGAAAGUUGCACGAGGAAACAGCCAAAGGUAAAGUUCUGUGGGACAUUUAUGCUGCCUACUUCAGAUCCUGCUCCACACCCGUGGUGAUCCUGAUUGUGGCUCUCACAUUCGUAACCAGCCUUUUGAAAAUCGCUACAGACUUGUGGCUCAAAAAGUGGGGUGACAACCACAAUAAUCCGCUUUUUUAUAUCACCGGUUAUGCAGUUAUAGGCAUGGGUGAUCAGUUGAUAGGGCUCUUGAGAGGCUGGCUCCUUAUAUGUGCUUUGGGAUUCAACGGAGCUGCCUCGAUCUUCAGGAAUAUGACUAGGGGUCUUGUUCACACAUCAGUGAGGUUCUUUGACAAGACUCCUAGGGGAAGGAUUACUUCAAGGUACUCUGUCGAUAUUCCCAAAAUUGAAACCGGUAUUCCCAAAAUGAUAUUUCAAGUGACUCGUCACUUUACCUCAGCUGCACUUUCGCUUUCUGUUCUAGUCUACUCAUCUCCUGUGGUGAUUCCUGUUCUUGUGGUGUUGUCUUUUGCUUACUGGCACCUAAAACUGGUCUACUUAGUGGCCCAUCGUGAGUUUCGAAGGCUCAGUGGAGUUACCAAAGCACCGUUGCUUUCUCUUCUUCAGGAAAACCUUGAGGGAGCAGAUUCAGUCAGAGCUUAUGGCCAGGAAGAGAGGUUUUUACGGAUCUGCUAUGCGGACAAAGAUUUCGAACAGAGGGUGCUGAAUUUGAAUUCGUACGUCGACAAGUGGUUGGGCUUGAGAUUGCAGUUCUUGACUACCACGAUAAUCUUCAUUGCUUCUUCUUACCUUCUGUGGAAGGGCACAUCUGGAGGCAUGGUUGGCUUUACAUUGAGCUACGUUUUUUCCAUUUCGUCUUCCUUGAGAGGGCUCAUUGGCAUAAGCUCCAGAUUGGAUGGAGAAUUUGUGACUGUGGAAAGAUGUCUAGAAUAUGCAAAUCUAGAACCCGAGGGAACAAUAAACGGUCUUCAAGCUGGAUGGAAAGGGGGAAGUAUUCACUUCGACAAUUACUCCGGUGAGUACGACCCUGGUGCCCCAGUUCUUCGGAACAUUUCGUUUUCCAUAAAGUCAGGAGAAAAAGUCGGUAUAGUCGGAAGAACGGGUGCUGGAAAAAGCUCUCUUAUACUUGCCUUGUUCAGGAUGUUGCAAAAAACGGAGGGUGAGAUCUCGAUCGAAGGCACUGACAUUGAAAAGUUUGACUUGACCUUCCUUAGACGGAAUUUGGCUAUCAUUCCGCAAGACUCCUUUUUGUUUCUGGGCACCAUCAGAGAAAACAUCGAUCCGCUCCAGGAGUAUCUGGAUGGGAGAAUCCUAGAAGUGCUCAGGGAUGUUGAUUUGGACAAGUCCAUUACUGACCUUUACAGCAAAGUAAGCGAAAGCGGGUCCAACUUUUCUGCGGGACAGAAACAGCUUUUGUGCCUUGCUAGAGCUUUUUUGAAGGACUCCAGUAUUCUUGUGUUGGACGAAGCAACAGCCUCGGUCGAUACUCAAACAGAUAAGCUUGUUCACGAGAUUCUCCGGAAGAAGGCCAAGGAUAAGACUGCUAUUACGAUUGCUCACAGAACAGAUACUGUAUUGGAAAGUGACAAGAUUAUGGGGUUGGAGGAUGGCCGUGUUGUUGAGUUUGAUACUCCAGAGAAUUUGUUGAACAAGGACAGUUUGUUUCACCGCUUGAUCAAAGCAAACACAUAG